CUUAGAAAACACGUUUUCGGGCCUAUCCUACGGCUGCAAGAUUGAACUGGCUGUUUAGGCUAGCUUACUGGCUUACUGACUGUUGCGCGCGCAGAAGGCACCCUACUACCCCCCUGGGACCCACUUUGACCUGGUGUUUUCCGGUCACAGCGCUUCCACCAGUCCCCACCCCAGAAGCUUGGAUCUAGCUUGGCUAACCCUUAAACAACGUUGAUGUUAACCUCUGCACGCGCUUCAUCUUCAUCUUUGGACCUCAAUUGAGCACCUCGACGUUGCCUACAUGUCGGCAUGUCUCGGGUUCCAACGGCUGAGCUCAGGAGAUACCUGCUGACAGGCCACAUCCGUUGCCGGGACUGUCUACGUGCGCGUCUGCCUCGCUCUCCCGGAACGACGGCAUCGCCUUCUCGACAAACAAGAGCUUUCGCCAGCCAAAACGCGACGAUCGCCUCCAUUGCUCCUAGCGUUUCUGCCGCGCCCGUUACGCCACUCCGUAAGCAGCUGAAAGAACAGGCCAAGGCGCUCAAAGCGUCCGGGACGAAGAAGAAGAGGAACGCGGACAACCAGACAGUACCGGGGUGGGAAUUGACUGUCGGCAUUGAGAUACACGCGCAGCUCAACACAGCCCGCAAGCUCUUCUCCGCGGCCGCGACCUCCUUCAACGACAUACCCAACAGCAAUGUCGCACUCUUCGACGUUGCCAUGCCGGGCUCGCAGCCAAUCUUCCAGCCCGAGACGCUAAUUCCGGCCGUGCGCGCCGCCCUGGCCCUGAACUGCGCCAUCCAGCCCGUCAGCCGCUUCGACCGCAAGCACUACUUCCAUUGGGACCAGCCCGCCGGCUACCAGAUUACACAAUACUACGAGCCGUUUGCGCGGGACGGCCGCAUCACGCUGUACGCGCGAGACGGCAUCGCGCCCGAGGACGGCGACCGCGUCGACGUCGGCAUCAAGCAGGUGCAGAUGGAGCAGGACACGGCCAAGACGACGGCCCAGCCCGGCGAGGUGCACUGGCUCGACUUCAACCGCGUCGGCGUGCCGCUAAUCGAGAUCAUCACGCUCCCGCAAAUCCACCACCCAGCCACCGCCGCCGCCCUCGUGCGCAAGGUGCAGAUGCUGCUCGCAUCGGUCGACGCUUGCGUUUCGGGUAUGGAAGCCGGCGGGCUGCGCGCCGAUGUGAACGUCUCUGUGCGCAGGACUGAGGAUGUCGCUACCGGCAAGCUGGGCACCCGCACCGAGAUCAAGAACCUGAGCAGCUUCAAGGCCGUCGAGGACGCCAUCAUUGCCGAGCGCGACCGGCAAAUCGCUGUUUUGGAGGCUGGCGGGGUUGUGGAGGGUGAGACACGCGGCUGGUCGCUCGGCAGCACAGGAACGCGGCGCUUGCGUGGCAAGGAGGGCGAGGUCGACUAUCGGUACAUGCCCGAUCCGGAUCUCGGUCCUGUUGUUAUUGGCGAUGACCUGGUCGGGCAUCUGGCCGCGUCCAUGGGGGUUUUGCCGGAUCCUGAGAUCGACAUGCUGAUCGCGAGGUACGGCCUGAGUGCCAAGGACGCGCUGUCUCUCAUGUUGCUGGACAACGGAGCCCGGAUCCAGUACUUUUACAGACUCCUGGAUACUCUAGAUGAGCGCCUGGGAAUCGACAGCAGUGCCGAGUUAGAGACACGGUCCGGUCAUCGACACGCCCUUCUCGCUGUCAACUGGUGUCUCCAUGAACUCGGCAAGCUGACGGAGCUUUCCGCCGACCUCGGCAUGACACCGGAGGGUGAGUGCAAGGUUCCAUCGGCUGAUCUAGCCGCCAUUUUGUAUCAUCUUCAUAAAAGAGAGAUCACGGCCAAAGUCGCCAAGGACCUGCUCUGGGGUGUCUUCCGUGGGGACAUUACUUCUGGCGCAGUUUCAGAGGCUAUCAAUGCCAAUGACCUAUGGUUUCAGGAGAUCUCGGAGCAAGACUAUGCGGCGCUAGCCGACCAGGCUGUCGAAGGCGAGGCCAAGGUUCUGGGCGAGUUUUUACGCUUCAAGCAAGGCAAGGCGAAAGCCUACCCGCAGGGCAAGCUAAUGUUCCUGGUCGGAAAAAUGAUGCGCACCGGACCGGAGGAGCGGAUGGAUCCGGCUUCUGCCGAGAGAGUGAUGCGGUCGAGGAUAGAGGAAGUCUAUCUCCUUGCACUCGAGGGCAGCAAGUAGGUAGUCACUGAGGUUUCCAGUAGUCACCGCAAUGUACAAUAUGAUUUUGACUUCUUAAAAAUAACACGGAGUAAUUCUCUAAAAAUAUCAUCAGCUUAUAAAGGCAG